GCCCGCCCUAGUUUCCGCUGCUUCUAGACUUCCUCCGGUGGUGGCUGGAGGCUAUGCAUCUGGGGCUUUAAGGAUACAAAGGGAUUGCCAGGCUCUGCAAGCACGAGCAGCGGGCUGGGACGCAGGGCCCCAUCAUGAGCCCUUGAACCCGGUGCAGCCCCAGCAGCCGAGCCAGAGGACUCCUGGAACUCUGCUUGGAGCAGGCGCCAGCCAGGCGGCGACGCGGCCACACGCACCGAGCCAGCGACCCCGGGGGCGGCUUGCGGGGGCCCCGGAGCGCAACGAUGGAGGCGCGAGUGGCCUGGGGAGCGCUCGCCGGUCCCCUACGGGCUCUCUGCGUCCUGGGCUGCCUGCUGGGCCGCGCCAUCGCCGCACCCUCGCCCAUCAUCAAGUUCCCCGGCGAUGUUGCCCCCAAAACGGACAAAGAGUUGGCCGUGCAAUACCUGAACACCUUCUACGGCUGCCCCAAGGAGAGUUGCAACUUGUUUGUGCUGAAGGACACCCUCAAGAAAAUGCAGAAGUUCUUCGGGCUGCCCCAGACAGGUGACCUUGACCAGAAUACCAUCGAGACCAUGAGGAAGCCUCGCUGUGGCAACCCGGACGUGGCCAACUACAACUUCUUCCCCCGCAAGCCCAAGUGGGACAAGAACCAGAUCACAUACAGGAUCAUUGGCUACACCCCUGACCUGGACCCUGAGACAGUGGACGAUGCCUUCGCCCGGGCCUUCCAAGUCUGGAGCGAUGUGACUCCUCUACGGUUUUCACGAAUCCAUGAUGGGGAGGCUGACAUCAUGAUCAACUUCGGCCGAUGGGAACAUGGAGAUGGAUAUCCCUUCGAUGGCAAGGAUGGGCUCCUGGCACAUGCCUUUGCUCCGGGCACUGGUGUUGGGGGAGACUCCCACUUUGACGAUGAUGAGCUGUGGACUCUGGGGGAAGGACAAGUGGUCCGAGUGAAGUAUGGGAACGCGGACGGGGAGUACUGUAAGUUCCCGUUCCUGUUCAAUGGCCGGGAGUACAACAGCUGCACGGAUACAGGUCGCAGUGAUGGUUUCCUCUGGUGCUCUACCACCUACAACUUCGAGAAGGAUGGCAAGUACGGCUUCUGCCCACACGAAGCCCUUUUCACCAUGGGUGGCAAUGCGGAUGGACAGCCCUGCAAGUUCCCGUUCCGCUUCCAGGGCACCUCCUACAACAGCUGCACCACCGAGGGACGCACCGACGGCUACCGCUGGUGCGGCACCACUGAGGACUAUGACCGCGACAAGAAGUAUGGAUUCUGCCCCGAGACAGCUAUGUCCACUGUGGGUGGGAAUUCGGAAGGUGCCCCCUGUGUCUUCCCCUUCACCUUCCUGGGCAACAAGUAUGAGAGCUGCACCAGUGCUGGCCGCAGUGACGGGAAGAUGUGGUGUGCGACCUCGACCAACUACGAUGAUGACCGGAAGUGGGGUUUCUGCCCUGAUCAAGGGUAUAGCCUGUUCCUUGUGGCAGCUCAUGAGUUCGGCCACGCUAUGGGUUUGGAGCACUCACAGGAUCCUGGGGCUCUGAUGGCACCCAUCUACACCUUCACCAAAAACUUCCGCCUGUCCCACGAUGACAUCAAGGGCAUCCAGGAGCUCUAUGGGGCCUCCCCGGACACUGACAUUGACACUGGCACCGGCCCCACUCCCACACUGGGACCAGUCACUCCUGAGAUUUGCAAACAGGACAUUAUCUUUGAUGGCAUUGCUCAGAUCCGUGGUGAGAUCUUCUUCUUUAAGGACCGGUUCAUUUGGAGGACAGUAACUCCACGCGACAAGCCCAUGGGCCCCCUGCUGGUGGCCACAUUCUGGCCUGAGCUCCCAGAAAAGAUUGAUGCUGUGUACGAGGCCCCGCAGGAGGAGAAGGCUGUCUUCUUUGCAGGGAACGAGUACUGGGUCUAUUCUGCCAGCACCCUGGAGCGAGGAUACCCCAAACCACUCACCAGCUUGGGGUUGCCUGCUGACAUCCAGCGAGUAGAUGCUGCUUUUAACUGGAGCAAGAACAAGAAGACUUACAUCUUUGCUGGAGACAAAUUCUGGAGAUAUAAUGAGGUGAAAAAGAAAAUGGAUCCUGGCUUCCCCAAGCUCAUCGCAGAUGCCUGGAAUGCCAUCCCGGAUAACCUGGAUGCAGUGGUGGACCUCCAGGGUGGUGGUCACAGCUACUUCUUCAAAGGUGCAUAUUACCUGAAGCUGGAGAACCAAAGUCUGAAGAGCGUGAAGUUCGGGAGCAUCAAAUCGGACUGGCUGGGCUGCUGAGCCUGUGUGGCUCCCACAGGCCCCUCAUCUCUGUCCCUCUGCACACCAGGCCAGGGGCACCAGGGAAGGAUGCAGAGGGCCCUGGCAGUGAGCUCUGUAAUUAAUCUCCAUUUUCACCUUCACCUGGUGACUUAAGAUUUCAGACAGCGACUUCUUAUGCCCAAAGAAAGGUGCUGAUUAUACCCCUCCCAGGUGCCCUUUCCCUUUCCAGCCCCUCAAGAGAUGCUUGGGUAUUCUCAAUGCAGCCCUGCUUUGGGCUGCCCGGUGCUGCCCCACCUCAGGCUCUUCUCCCUCCACAACCUUUAUGGCUCCCAGCACUCUUGGAGUCAACCAAGACUGUCUUAAGAGGGCACUGGUGGCCCGACAGCAUGGCAUGGAGCAGUGGGAUCGAGGUGUAUCCAGGUGGCAACUCACAGCACCUGGCUUCUCACUGCUGGCUGCCCUAGAACAUUCCUCCCUACACUUGUUGCACACACCUUGUUCUUUUCUCUCAAUCUUCCUACUUUUCUACUUUAUCACAUUUCUCGACAGGACUCAGGUUGUCUGAAGUCACUGCUCAAUGCAUCUCAGCCGACAUAGUAAUGGUUUCCUUGUUCACUCUGUCUAGAAUGCCCUACCCGGUCUCUUCCUCCACUGGAUGGAGGAAAACCAAGCCAGCUGUGGCUUCCUGCACAGUCCUUUCCACCUCCCCCCUCAACAGUGCCCCAAUGGGAAAUGGCAACAAGUAUAAAUAAAAACAUUAAUUGAG